GGCUUUCUCACCACAACAGGAACUGUCAGCAUGUGGAAAGAAGACCUUUCUGUAGCAAGAAGGGUAGACCAAGUUCUAUAUCUUUUAAAGUAUGUUUUUGAAUUCUUAUUUUCAUGAAAAUAUGAAUAGACCGUGAAACCGGCAGCCUCAGUGAAUCAGUGAGUCUGUCUUCGUAACCAUGGAGCGUGGGACAGGAGACAGUGUUAUCUCGGCACAGCCGCGGUCACAGGGAGGCCACCAGUCUGCCUCCAGUAGCACAGAGGCCGAAUCAAAGGCGGAAUUCGGCACAGACAUGGCCAUGGUGUGGUCUAUCCAGGAGGCAGUGGCGUGCCAAACCCAGCAGAUUGGCGUGUCGUCGUGUGGUGCCACCGCGGUGGUGGAUGUGUUGAAGGCACUGGGCGUCACUGGGGCGGGACCUGAGCUGGUGGACGGAUGCGUCAGAACGCGGCUACGGCGGAACGACUCCCCACUGCCAGACUACCUGCAUUCACGGAGUGAGGCUGGUGCCACCCACCAGCAGCUGAUUGGCGGUGCGGAGCAGGCGAGCGAGGGCCGCGUGGUAGGCCGUUUCUUCCACCUGCACCCCCGGCGCCAGGUGCAGCUGGUACCCUGGCUGGCCGGCUGGAUCCGCAGAGGCGCCGUGCCCGUGGCCACCAUGAACAUGCAGAGGGCGGUGCCCGCCGGGGAGGAGAUUCCGGACGCCUGGCACCACCAGCUGAUCUUUGGUGUGGGACCCAACGCCGUGUUCAUGACCAACCCUCUGGACGUGGUAAGCGAGGGGGAGGUCCAUGAACGCCUCUGCAGUGAGUCUGUUCUCCUGAUUCGUCGAGACGAUGUUCUGCAGAGAUUGACCAAUGACGUCCCCUUUUCCACCGUCUCAGAGCACCCUGAUGCUCGAUGGAAGACGCUAGAUGUAGAAGGUCAAGUAAGGCAGAUGAUUGCUACGGAAAAUGAAGACCAGCCGAAGAUGACACACAUUGUUAUCCCAGCAGCCUAUAAGUCUGGGGUGACCCUUUUUGCCCUCAGGGACUCUGACAUUGCACACAAUCUGCUUGAAGCUCCGGAACUCCCCUUGCUUUGAUUGGACGGCGUCGGCCAUCUGACAAUGGUGUGGCCUUUUCUGUGACAUGACAUAAAAAAAUUGGGACUUUAUUUAAUAAUGGACGAUGAUUGGAAGUUGGUUUGCUAGAUGUGAUUUGUAUGUGUUUGGAGUCAUUAAAAAGCACAGUGAUGAACCUUUCUGCACAAACCUGCUGUACAAUCUAUUUCAUU